AUGCAGAGAAGUCUUAUUGAUUGGGAUACGCUACGCAUCGAGGAAAAUCGAGAUGAUGAGGGAAGAAUUGAGAUCAUCGAUGAUGAGGUGAUGUAUGAAAUGUUAGGCUUUAAGGCUCAGGAUGAGGAGGCUGAGAAGGCAAGGGAGGAUGCUGAGAAGGCAAGGGAGGCUGAGAACAAUGCUACUCCUCAGAGUAAUGAGGAAAUUGAUACAACUGAGGCAGCCAUUGAAGUUGAUGACUAUUUACCAGGGGAGAGGAUCGUGGUGCAUGAUCCAAAUCGUCCUAGGAUGGAUCUUGGCACAGUUUAUCCUAACAUGAAGGAGUUCAGAUUGGCUAUGAUACAAUUUGCUAUAAAUAAAAAGUUUGAACUACACAUUGCCAAAACAGAUCCAAGUAGAUACAUUGGCGGUUGCAAAGCAAUGGGUUGUCCUUGGCAUAUUGUUGGGCGUCGACAGCCUGAUGGGUGCACUGUUAUGGUGACAGUGCUUGUUGAUGAGCAUAAAUGUGCAUCUAGUGAUAAGAGGAAGACUACCACACCAACUACUGCUUGGGUUGCUUCAAAGGUAAUACAUCACCUUAGGAGGAAAAUAAUUAUGGGUACUAAGGAACUCCAAGAGGUUUUAGAGCAGGAGCAUGAAUGUUUUUUAGAAGGAUGCAGGCCAUACCUUAGCAUAGAUUCUACUGCACUUAAUGGUAGAUGGAAUGGCCAUUUAGCAGCAGCUUGUGGUUUAGACGGUCACAACUGGAUGUACCCAGUUGCUUUUGGCUUCAUUGAUGGUGAGACCACAGACAACUGGACUUGGUUUAUGACUCGGUUGCAUAAGGCCAUAGGAGAUCUUCCUGUUUUGGCUAUUUCAUCAGAUGCAUGCAAAGGUCUAGAAAAUGCAGUUAAGAAUGUGUUCCCACAUGCUGAACAUAGGGAAUACUUUAGACAUCUGAUGAACAAUUUUAUUAAAAGGUUUGGUGGUGAUGUAUUCUCAAAGAUGUAUCCUGCAGCUAGAACUUAUAGAGAAUCAGUUUUCCAAUAUUUUUACAAGUUAAUCAUUGAUGCUUGUCCUGAAGUGUUGGUUUGGAUGGAGGCUCACCAUUACAAGCUGUGGAUGAGAUCUGCCUUCAAUCCUGAGAUUAAAUGUGAUUAUAUCACUAAUAACCUUGCUGAAGUGUUUAACAAUUGGAUCAAAGACUGGAAAGACCUGCCUGUUAUCGAGCUUGCAGACAAACUCAGAGAGAAGAUUAUGGUGUUGUGGGCAAAAAGGAGAAAAAUUUCACAGGCACUUAGUGGGAAGAUCCUCCCAGCAGUUGUGCAGCAGUUGAAUGCUAGAACUAGAGGACUUGGGCACUUGACUGUUGUAGAUGGUGGUAGUGAUUCAGCAGAAAUCUGGGACACCUCAAACACUCACACUAGACAUGUUGUUAAGGCUCAUAUGCAUGAGUGCACAUGUCUUGAGUGGCAGCAUACUGGUAAGCCUUGCCAGCAUGCUUUGGCUUUGAUUAUAAGUGCACAGAUUGUUAAUGUACCCAUGGAGAAUUUUGUGCAUGAGUAUUACUCUGUCAAGAGGUUCCAAGCAGCUUAUAAGAGACUUAUAGAGCCACUACCUGAUAAAUCACAGUGGCCAGAUGUUGAGUUGCCUUUUGGGGUAAAGGCUCCCCUUGACAAGAAGGCUGCUGGUAGGUACAGAAAACUGAGGAUCAAAGGCUUCCUCGAAGGUGGUAACAUCAAGGGAAAGAAAGCAGCCAAGGAAAAAGCAAAUGAGGCAGACAAACAAGCUGCUGAUGAGGCAGAAAAGGGCAAGAAACAAAUGAUUAGAGACAAAAGAAAGUGCAAUGGCUGUGGAGAAUUGGGUCAUAGUGAAACAAGCUACAAAUGUCAUCUUAAUGGCACUAAAAAAAGGCCAAGGAAGCCUAGGAAAAAUACAACAAAGUAUGGUGCCAAUGCAAAGAUCCCAACAAAGAGAGCAAAGAAGGGAGAGACAUCUCAGGAAAUGGCUGCUACUGCUACUGAACCACCAACCCCAAAUUUUCUCAAUGAACAAGCAAUGGAUGCAACAGCCCCAAAUUUUUUCAUUCAACAAGCAAUGCAUGCACAAGCCCUAAAUACACUCUCCAGCCCCACAAGGCUCACAAGGGAGCAGAUCAUAGAAAACAGCCCCACAAGGCUCACAAGAGGCAAAGUCGAGGGUGAAGUUCUUGUUUUCGCGGUAGCUUUGGAAAGGGGAUAUGCUAGCGAAAAACGGAGACUCGUGUCUGUUCAGGAAAGUAAGGAGUUGGGUCAUGGUUCGGUUGAUAUCAGGCCGGAACUGGGCUUUUGA